AUGUCUCGUCGAUCUAUUUGGCAAAAUAUGCGAAUGGAGGCACGUAGUCGCGUGAGUGAUGUGGAGACCACCCCACUCUCGCAGGAUACACCCAACAACGAUACUGGACGAAGACUGUCGGUCAGCAGUAAUAACGAGCAAAGUCUGACAAAGUCAGACCGUUCGAGUAGAGAGAUGAAUGAAGAAGCAACGGUGGAGAAAAACAACAAGCGUAAGAAAACAACCAAGAGUAAAACGCAUAAAAAAAAUAAUAACAAUACUAAUAAUAAUAAUAAUAAUAAUUACGAUGAUGGUUCUCACUCUCAGGAACGGAAGGAGAAAUCGUUUGCAGGAAAGUCAACGGAAGAGAGUGAAGAGGAAGAAGAGAUGGAUAACACGGCUGUGCGAAGACUACACAGUCUGGAGAACACAGCCACACCUGUACCAUUGGUAUCGGUUCUAGAUGUACAAACCGGUACUUCAAUGGGAAAAUCUGUUCCUUCGGAAGUAACACCUGUGGUGACUUCUACUGCAACUACUAAUACUAAUAUUACUACUACUACUACUACUACUACUUAUGUUGCUGAACCCCCUGUUAGAGAAAUGAAUCCAUUGAUGAAAGAUGAAAGUAACAGUCGAGAAGAUACUGGUCGAGAUUCGAGUAUGAUGCGUCAUGAAAGUAGUUAUUUGGCUUUGCAAGUAGAAUUGGCAGAAGAAAAGAAAAAGAACAUUGAUGCGGAACAACGUUUAUUAACAUUAGAAAAGGAAAUAAAAGUACUUCGUUCAGAGAAUAUGCGAUUGGCCUCUCUAGGAGCUGAAGGAGGAAAUGUAGUAAAUAAAAAUACCCCUGCUGCUGCUGCUGGAGGAGAUCAUACGUGGGAGGAUAUGCAUAUCCCCAUCAGCGGCGAACACCCAUCGCCGUUGGAGCAAAUGGUGAAAGAACUACAGGAUGAAUUGCGAAUGAUGAAACAAUACACAAAAGAGUUGGAGUCUCGUCUGGCUGUUAAAUCCACCGCAUUAGAACAACGAACCCGCGAGGUGGAACAGAAAGAAAAUCGCAUUCGACAGUUGGAACGCACCAUCGCGGAUGAAUUAAUUUGGCGCAGCAAAGAAGAGGCCGCCCAUCACGGCGGUGAGGGAACGAACAGCAGCGGCAGCCGCACACCGCGGGGAAGCCAAAAAGCCACCACCACACCAACACCCAUCACAUCUACUAUCAUCCCAACAUCCACAGGCCCUACAAUUAUCCCAACAACAUCAACAACAAUCAUAACAUCAACAAGUGUAACUCCACCCGCAGUGGUGCGAGUACAGGCGGAAAGAGGCCGAUCUCAAUCACACGCACACGCACACACACACGCACACGCAUUACAUCCAACAAUAAAUAAAAAAGAAUUGUUAUCACCCGAUCGUCCAUCAUCUGUGCCGCAAUCACGACACCCAUCGAGUGCGCGGGUUGUGGUUCAGCCAAAAGAACACGUGAAAGAAAAAGAAAAGACAAUUCCCUCAAGUUCACGUCGGGCCGCAUCCAAUAGUCGUAGAUCCUCAGCAGCCAACAUCAGCACUACCGCCAUGCGAGUACGGCGAAAAGAAAGUACGGACUCUACUCUACACGUCUCCCGAACCGCAACCGCAACCGCAGCCGUUUCUUCCACCACAACAGCGCCCUCCCGCACUUCCAGCGCCACUCGAAAGAAAACCGCAUCGAAGCCAACACAUCCUUCACGACGGGCGGCAACAAACAUUAAACGCACAAGUCUGAGUCCAACACCGUACGUGGCGUUGUUUGAUGAUCCACUACGCGAUGAGACCUCAUCUCGGCGGCCUGUAAAGCGCCCAGCAACACUCGAAACCUCCGCUGCUUCUCUCUCACUCUUGAGUAAUCACACAGGAACAACAACAGCAGCACCACUGCACAACUUGGAUACACGCUCUGUCGCCUCUACUGUGCGGUCGAGGCCGCGUAUUCAUCAGGACAGUGAUGGUAUAACCACAACAACAACAAUGCGGAGUAGCACAACAACGGUAGUGACGCGUAGUGUAAAGCGGCGUGAGUCUCCUUCGUUGGUGCCGCAGCCACGGCCGGAUUAUGUAGAGGAACAACCCUCAGAGCAGCCGUUUGUAUCGGAGAAAUUCUCUACAACUACAUACAGACCAAAUAGAUUGGUGCGAUACUACAAGAGUGGAGAUAGUGAGCCCAGAAGUACUGAUUGA